CUCUUUCACACAGCAUAUCUUCUUACUAUUUCAUUCUAGGUCUCAUUCGCACAUCUCAAGUCUCAUUUUUUCGCCCUCUACGACUACCAUUCAUAUAGACCACCGACCCUAUUCGACAUCAACCGCACUCGAAAGCCUCAUUCCAUCAUGGCAGGAGACGAAGAAUACUACUCCUACACGCCCUCGCUCGCAGGCGCGGUAAUCGCCGCCAUCGUCUACUUCUUCCUCACCUCCGCCCACGUCUUCCGCCUCUACAAAACCCGGACCUGGUUCUGCAUCCCCUUCAUCCUCGGAGGACUAUUCGAAGUAGUCGGCUACUCAGCCCGAGCCCGCUCAAAUGCCGACCCCGACGUGAUGGCCCCCUUCCUCAUGCAAGCCAUCCUCAUCCUCCUCGCGCCGAUCCUCUUCGCCGCCUCGGUCUACAUGUUCCUCGGCCGCAUCAUCCUCGCGACAGGCUGCGCGUCCUACUCGCUGAUCCGGCCGACGUGGCUGACGAGAAUCUUCGUCGGCGGCGACAUCUUCUGCUUCUUUGUGCAGCUGAUCGGCGCGGCGAUGCUUUCGUCCGCGACCACGAAAAGCAAGCUGGACCUCGCGAACACGAUCGUGCUUGUGGGCCUGUCUGCGCAGAUUGUCAUCUUCGGCGGGUUUAUGGUAGUGGGCUUGGUGUUCCACCUGCGCAUGCGGAAGAACGAUCCGAAGGCGGCGCUGGACUGGAACUGGGAGAGGUAUAUGAUGAGUCUGUAUGCGGUUAGUGUCAUCAUUACGCUGAGGAAUUUGUUUCGCGUUAUCGAGUAUGCGCUGGGUGACGAUGGAUACCUUCUGAGCAACGAGUGGCCGGUAUACGUGUUUGAUUUCAUACCGAUGUCCAUCGUCAUGGCAGUUUGCGUGAUGUGGUAUGUGGGGAAACUGGAUUUUGCUUCGAACGGACGAGGAGAUGUUGAGAUGAUGAUUGACCGUACGGAGGAGAGGACGCCACGAGCUGCUCAUCGUACCUCGCGUCGCGCUUCUCGGCAAUACUCGACGUGACGGAGCGGGAGAUAAUAUGGGGUUGGAAGUUUGCAAG